AUGUCAACUCUAUAUACCAUACAUAGAGUUCAAAAUAGUGAAAAAUGGUCAUGUAAAAAAUGUUUACAUUUCAGUCGACUUGUGAUUGGAUGUGGUGUUGCAAUAACAUUUGUGUUUGGUAUAUGUUCUGUACUUUUAGCAAGUAUAUUAAGUGGAAAAACUCGUAAAAAAUAUUUUUGGGGUUAUCGAAAAAAUUUAUGUGCAAGAGUUUUAAAUGGUUUCGUUUUAUUUGUAACAUUUCUUUUAACAAUAUCAUGGCUUAGUGUUGCUUGUUUAACAUUUAUUCCAUUGUAUGGUCUUUUGUAUAUCUAUUUUGUUGUAUGUAGUAAUCGUUAUGGUACUGCUGGAGGUAGUUUUGUAAACAUUUUAAAUGAAAUUAAUCAACAUGCCCAUCGAUUAGAUGAAAAACCAACUCAAUUUAAACUUGCAGAUAUUUGUCAUCCAUCAAUACGACUGGAAGAUCAAUCUGAAAAAGGCAUAUCUAUUAUUGACAUUGAACUCGAGCCUUCUUAUCGUGAUUAUUUCAGUUUAAGUAUUGUUACAACAGCAUCAUGUGUAUUAAUUAUAAUUAGUUUGAUCUUUUUAAUGAUCGCUCAAGGUGCAAAUCAUGCACAUAUAUAUAAUGAUAGAAGUCGAUAUGAAGUAGCACAAAAUGGAGAUCAAGAAAUUGAAGAAACAAAAAUGUGA